CCUACGUGUCAUCCUCGUCCUCCCCCCCAAGCAAAUUUUACAGAUUCAGGUCCAGCAUUUUCUGAUCGAAACCCUAAGAAUCAAGCCUUAAUCUUUCUAUCGCUCGCUCUCAUUGAACUCUGGAUAAAGCCUUGGAUCGAACCGUGGCUCCCACAGGGCCACCGCAAGGCCUCACUCAGAGAAGAAAAACGUCGUCGUCGUCGUCAACUACUACCGCGAGAAGAAGUUUAUUACAAUCGCAAUCGCCUUCUGAUUUUCCGUUUUGGCAACAGAAUUGGUUCUUAGCUUUACUCUUCCUCCUCGCCAUGGCUUUCUUCGCUCUCGCUAUCUUUCUCUUCCUCGGUCUCAAUGUCGACGACAUGUCUCCCUCGUCUGCGUCUGCUGCUUCCUCUGAAGGAGUCGAGAUUACUUAUGGGACUGCUCUUAAGUUGAUGCAUGAACGAACGAAAUUUCGGCUGCACUCACACGAUGUGCCGUACGGCUCUGGUAGUGGCCAGCAGUCCGUCACUGGUUUCCCCAAUGUUGACGACUCAAAUAGCUACUGGAUUGUUAGGCCUGUCCCAGGGACAUCUGCCAAACAAGGUGACACCAUUACUACUGGGACCAUCAUCCGUCUGCAGCACAUGAGGACUCGAAAGUGGAUGCACAGCCAUUUGCAUGCAUCCCCAAUUUCAGGCAACCUUGAGGUUAGCUGCUUUGGGGGAGAACAUGAAUCUGAUACUGGGGAUUAUUGGAGGCUUACGAUUGAAGGGAGUGGUGAGACAUGGAAGCAAGAUCAGAGGGUCCGGCUGCAACAUGUUGACACUGGUGGCUAUUUGCACAGUCAUGACAAAAAAUAUCAGCGGAUAGCCGGGGGGCAACAGGAGGUAUGUGGUGUCCGAGAGAAGCGAGCUGAUAAUGUAUGGUUGGCAGCUGAAGGGGUAUACCUCCCUGUUUCCAUAAGCAAGUAGACAUCUUGGGGGAGUCUCCCUGAAACCAGGUGCAUGGAUUUUGACUCUUAGGUGGCUGGCACCUGUUUUUAUGCUUAUGUUAGAUUAUAUAACAUUUUGCUUUUUAAAUGUCAUCAUGUGUACUCUGGCCGUAAUAUCGGACCAUCAGAGAAUACUCAUCGUAGCAUAACUCAUAACCAGUAUUUUGUUCAUGAUUGUUGAAUAGAAGGCAAAUUAAACAGCAUCUUCAAUCUAGGGAUGUUCCAUAUGCAAAUCUUGUGGCAUUUGUGCGCAACCAUUUGUAUCAUGUACUUGGACAUUAGAUUUUAUGUGUUGUGGCCUUCUUGGGUUACAAAAGUUUGGGCGUGUUGGAGGAUUUUGAAUUUUAAGGAGUUCAUUGAUGCAUUGUUUUCUAA